CACGACGAUUCGACGCUCGUUCAAGGAGAACGGUGGACGCGAGCGCACGCUGCGAGGAAGCCUGUACCGCGCAGUUCGCACCGGCUCCCCAGCUACACGCACCGGGACCGCGCGAUACGCUCGUGCAUCACGCACGCGGCCGACGCCGUGGCGACGUCGAGGCAGCGCAAGGCAGACGAUCCGGACAGCCUCGCCGUGAUGAAGACGCUGAGGAAGGAGCAGACGCGGCUACGACUGAUGCAGAACGAACUUAGCAUAGAAGAAAUAAUAAUGGAUCGGACUCUAAAGGUGUUCCAGGAGAAGUGCAGGAACCACUACAAGCCAACGCACGGCCUCAAGUUUUCAUGAUGCUUCGCGUCGUCACGGAGACGGAAACGACAAAGUUCUUUCCCGGAGAGAGAGAGACGAGGAGGACGGAGGCAACUGACGGAGAGCCGUCGGCACGCAGGGAUGUGGAACGACUGCCACGAGAUCGAGGAUAAAGUGUCACGAACAUAGCCCAUGAGCAGUUACAAGAUAUGCUGUUGCUGCUAGCUACAAGUUCUGUUGCUACUAGCUACAAGUUCUGUUGCUACUAGCUACAAGUGCUGUUGCUACUAGCUACAAGUUCUGUUGCUACUAGCUACAAGUGCUGUUGCUACUAGUUACAAGUUCUGUUGCUACUAGCUACAAGUGCUGUUGCUGCUAGCUACAAGUGCUGUUGCUACUAGUUACAAGUUCUGUUGCUACUAGCUACAAGUGCUGUUGCUACUAGCUACAAGUGCUGUUGCUACUAGCUACACGUUCUGUUGCUACUAGUUACAAGUUCUGUUGCUACUAGUUACAAGUUCUGUUGCUACUAGU